CCACAACUAAUAAAGUGGGUUAAUUUUAAAAAGAUGAAAGAAUCUACAAAUUUUUUUAGUCUAUAUAUACCACUCACUUCCACUCCAAAACCAAAAGCCACAAAUAUUAAACAACCACCCUUUUUAUCACACUCACUACCCCAUUCCACUCUUCAACACUAAUACAUAUAUUCUCAAAUAUAUUCUCACCAGAAAAUCCUAUUUAUUUCCACACACUAUGCUCAUCGCAAUCCACUUCUGCUAUCUCCUCAAAUUCAUGCAUCUCCACUCUUAUUUCUAGUGAGAGAAAAUAGAGAGAGCAGCAUAGAAGAAACUACUAGAUCUCAAACUGUUGCACGCAAAAACAUCCAAAUAAUUAAUCGAAAAUAAAAAUUAUGGAUUCAUUCAAAUUUCACGACGUAAGAGUGGAGAAAGCGAACGCGGUGGCGAAAUACCGCAGGGUUCAGCGGAUCACGAGCCUUUUCCGAUUCGUGGAGCUCUUCGUUUUUUUGAUCGUCGUUUCGCGAUUUUCCGCUCAGUUCGCGGUUUUUCUGAAGCUCUCCGGCGAGUAUUUCCGCGGAAUCUCCGUCGUCGCGCUGAUUAGCCCUAGAUCCGUCUUCGUCGUCGGAAACGCGAUCGUGAUCGCGCUCUUCCUGAUAUCGCGGCGGUUCUCCGGCGAGAGGAGCACUGAUUUCUACGACGAGUACGUGGAGAAAUGCCGGAAUAACAACGUCAAUCAGCAGCAGACGUGGAUCAGAGCGGUGGAGAAAGUAGCGUCGGAAGCUCGCGACGAGGGGAAGGCGAUCAGCAGGACUCGAUCGGCGAAUCUCGAGCGGCCGGUGCGAGAGGAGGAGGAGGAGGAGCGCCGCCGCGACUUGAGGCGGUGCAUGAGUGAGAAGUGUCGGAAGAGGGCGGAGGAGGAGAUGAGCAGCGAAGAAUUCCGGCAGACGGUGGAGGCGUUCAUCGCGCGGCAGCAGAGGUUUUUGAGGGAAGAAGAAGGGGUUUCAGCUGUGGUUUCAUUUCAAGCUUGAAUUGAACCCGCGCUUCUUCCUAUCUCCUCUCCCCCUCUUUUUUUUAAUUAAUAUUUUCUAGAUUUUGAUAAACCUUUUCUAAAGGUUUUUUUUUUUUUUUUUGAGUUCCUGAUGGUACAUAGUUAGAGAAUGAUAAAAUUGAAUGACUGUAUCAUUCCUGCGCUACGUAUAUAACAUGUAUAUAUCGGAACUUUGAAGCCUUAAUUUUCUUGCUAAUAUGUAUAUUUAUUUUUCUAAUUA